AUGAACCGUUCAAACAUACCAUCUCAAACUACGAGAGACGACGAUGUUGACGAUAAACAUAUCGUUAAUGCUGAAGAAAUUGUGCGUGAAAAAUAUAUCGGAAAAGGCACCUUCGGUAACGUUUACAAAGCUUUAUAUCGUUCGGAAUACGUUGCUGUCAAGAUAGUCAAGAUAUCUGAUUGGACACAAGUAUCAAAGGAGGUUGAAAUCAUGAAGAAGAUUGGAGACAAAUAUUAUCAUCUUAUUCGUUAUCGGGGUGA